AUGUAUAUAGAGUCCAUGAUGAAGAAGGCGUUGAACUCGAACUGGACUCGAGACCUGUUGAUGAACAUCGCCCGACAAGGUCCGAUCCCCCAACACAUCGCAUUCAUGAUGGACGGGAAUCGACAAUUCGCGCGAGCGCACGGUAUGUCAAUUGAGCAAGGGCAUAAACUCGGGGGGGCAGCAAUGAAAAAGGCAAUCACGCUAUAUGCGUUCAGCAUCGAAAACUUCAAGCAACCAAAGGACCAAGUCGAGACCAUCCUGGCUCUACUCCGAGAGCAAAUGGUCAUGUAUUCUGCUCCCGGCGGAUUGGCGGAGCAGUUCGAUUUUUCGAUUCGGGUCUUGCGCCGCUUAGAGAUGUUGGACGAACAGACUCAGGACACAAUCGAGAAGGCGGUUGAAGCGACGCGGAAAGGGAAAUCGAUUUUGAACUUAUGUAUGGCGUACACGUCCCGUGACGAGAUGACAAGAGCCAUGCGACGAUGCGUGGAGGAGUAUCCUCAGAGAGCCGUCACGGCACAUUCGCUAUCGGACAAGAUGGAUUCGGCGGACAAUCCGCCUGUGGACCUCGUGGUCCGAUCGUCGGGGGUGUAUCGACUGAGUGACUUUCUGCUCUGGCAGUGCCACGAGGAUACUCGGAUUCAGAUCGUGGAUGCGACGUGGCCGGAGUUUGGGGCCUGGGAGCAGUUUAUGGUGUUGCUGAGAUGGCAGAGAAUGAAAAGAAUGGAAAUGUCCACCAGAAGGAGCAGCGAUUUAGCUAUAGCUGGCUCGCAGGUCAUGGCCAGCUCCUCUGUUUCAUUCUCGCCAGUUGCUUGUGCCUUGCCGCUUCUCUUUUCGUUUCUGAGUGCCCUGUCUUGCUAUUGUUUCCUGCUGACUGUAUGA